AUGAAAAGCUCAAUAAAAAUUUCAUAUAUAUUAUUUGUGUCUUGUCUAUUAAUAAGAAAUGGAAUAUGCCAAUCUUUUUUACCGGUAUCUUAUGCAACACAUAAGUUGUAUAGUUUUGAUAAAGUAUCUCCAAAUGAUAUAAAGAGUAACGUUCAUAAUAUUGUUAGUAAUUUUAUAACUAGUAAUUUGAAGGUAAUUAAAAAUAAGAUAGAAGGAUAUAAUAGCUAUUAUAAUAAAAAUAAUGAUGAAUAUGAUAACUUAAUACAAAAUGAAUAUGAUGCAUCACUAGAAGAUGAAGUAAAAUCACUAUUAAAACAAUCCAAAAACAAAAGAAAACUUGCAAAAAAAAUAAAAGAGUCAUAUAAUCGUGCAUUAAAUAAUUUAAAAAAUCGAAAAGACAAAACUAAUGAUAAUUAUCAAGAUGAUGAUGAAAUAACUAAAAAUAUGUUAGAACAUAAUUUAGAACAAAUAAAUUCGUUAAAUAAGAAAUCUGAUUAUUUAGAAAAUAAAGCAAUGGAAUUAAAAAAAUAUAUAAAUAAAAACCAGUUGAACAAUUACGAAGAUUAUAAAAAAUGUAAUAUCUCGAAAACCGGAAAAUUAAAAUUUGUGUCAUCAUCAAAUGGGUUAAAGCAUUCUAUAGACAAUGUUCAAGGAAUAGUUAAUCAUAAUGGUUUUUCUAUAUUUUAUAAAAAAAAAAAAAAAAUGACUUAUUUAUUAAAUAUUAUAGAAUUACCUAUUAAAAUCAUUGGCAAUGUUGAACAAUGUUUUUCUUUUGUUUAUAAAAAUGUCGAUCAAAUUUUUUGUACAAAUAAUAAAUUAAAAACAUUAUCAUGGGUUAACAGCUUGACUGAAGCAUCAUUUUGUGCAAAUUUUAAAAUAAAAGGCAUAUUAAUAAAUCUAGAUAAUGUUGAUAAUGAAUCAUAUAAAAAUAUCAAAAAGGAUAAUUUACUAAGGAUUAAUAUUAAACCCGAUGAGAAGGGUACUCAAGUUUUUGUUAAUGGAAAAAAGGAAAAUGCAAAAGAAAAUGGUGUAAUAAAUUUAAAUAAAAUUAAAAAACAAGCUGAAGAUGAGGAAAAAAUAAGCAAAAAAGAAAUACUAAAAGAAGAUGAUGAGAGCGAACAAAAUGAAGAAUCUGAAGAUAAUGAUGAUGAUAAUUUAUAG